UCUGCGGGUUCUGCGAUUUACCUCAGCGUAUAUGUAUAUAAGGGCGGACGUCAAAGUGGACGUCAAAGCGUGGACGUCAAAGAAUUCGGGGUGGUCAAAACAAUGCGGAGUGCACCACUACGGCUUUCCAGUUAGUCAAGUCAUAGUUUUGGCAUGCAAAAACCUAGUAACUGAUUUUUAAGUCUCUAUUUCAUUCGCGCUUACAGAGGACACGUAAGUACUGCCGCUGACGAGACUGUGUAGCCCGCUUGGAGCGAGCGUAUGUAGCAAGGGUGCACAGCGCCCGAUUCCGCUCAGUAGAGUUAAAAAUGUGAAAUUUAGCGCGUAUCACACUGUCUUUUGCAAUAGCACUUUCUUGUCGUUGAGCACGAUCAGUCGCAAAGUUAUUGCUAAUUGUUGAACGUUUCGUUAUUAUUUGAAAGAGGGCCGCGGCCUGCUUGUUCUCUUCUUGAACGAGCUCUUUUUUUUUUCUGUUUUUGAAAAAUAAGAACUGUAGUUCCACCAGUUGCCUUCACUCAAGAAGUUCACGUAUAGAUGACGCCUACGGCAGAAAGGAUGUUCCACAUCCGCCGCCAAGGUUUGUGAGUGGUGGCCACACACGCACACUGCUCCAAACCACCGUCAGCUGCACUUCGCUCUUCGAAGAGGCAGGAAGUUUCGAGGGAUCUCCUGAACAAUACUUUGCAAUGGGGUGAACGCGGUGUUUAAAUCGUGCAUCCGAAAUCUCAGAGGUGUGACAUAAUGAGAACGCAUUUCUCUCGCAGUUACAAAUAAAUCGCCACUGACAUUUUUUUGUAUUACUCUGCUUGUUCACUUGUUCAGGGAUGAUGUGUUCUACAUCACGCUCCUCGUCACCUGCUGCCUUCUCUUUAUCGUGCUUCUGUUAAUGAGCAGCCUCUACGUGGUCACCAAUAUACUCGAUGACGACGACGACGACGGCGACGAUGUGGUCUACAGUACAAUAAAGUUUGCGACAGAUGGCCCAGUUGCUCCAAAGACCACCGCACUGAUCACUGCUAGGCAGAGCGGGGCUACAACUCCGACUCGUGCAAAUACGCCAUCGGCGGGUCGUACGAUACCAAAGUCUAUCAUUAGCGCGGUCGAUUCGUCGACAACGCCCAUUGUGACGAAAUCGGCCCCACAGGCAACGAAUGCCCAUGAGAAGACCCCUAUUUACAAUGGGAUGACCGCAGCACCAAAUCGGGCGACUACGACAACAAAAGCUACAGCGACGCUGCAGCCUCCGCCUCUGCCGCCAGGACAUCCACCCAAGAUGCCGAAAGCUCCGCCGCCACGACCGCCACCCCAAAUGACGAAAGCUUCGCCGCCACGACCGCCACCCAAGAUGACUAAGCCUCUGCCGCCAGGGUCUCCACCCAAGAUGACGAAAGCUCCGCCGCCACGACGGCCACCCAAGAUGACGAAAGUUCCGCCGCCCCGAUUGCCACCCAAGAUGACGAAACCUCUGCCGCCAGGGUCUCGACCCAAGCUGACGAAAGCUCCGUCGCCAGGACCGCCACCCAAGAUUACGAAAGCUCCGCCGCCAGGACCGCCACCCAAGAUGACGAAAGCUCCGCCGCCACGACGGCCACCGAAGAUGACGAAGCCUCUGCCGCCAGGAUAUCCACCCAAGGUGACGAAAGCUCCGCCGCCAGGACCGCCACCCAAGGUGACGAAGCCUCUGCCGCCGGGAUAUCCACCCAAGGUGACGAAAACUCCGCCGCACCAACCGCCACCCAAGGUGACGAAAGCUCCGCCGCCAGGACCGCCACCCAAGAUGACGAAAGCUCCGCCGCCAGGACCGCCGCCCAAGAUGACGAAGCCUCUGCCGCCGGGAUAUCCGCCCAAGGUGACGAAAGCUCCGCCGCCAGGACCGCCACCCAAGGUGACGAAGCCUCUGCCGCCGGGAUAUCCACCAAAGGUGACGAAGCCUCUGCCGCCUAGAUAUCCACCCAAGGUGACGAAAGCUCCGCCGCCAGGACCGCCACCCAAGGUGACGAAGCCUCUGCCGCCGGGAUAUCCACCCAAGGUGACGAAAGCUCCGCCGCCAGGACCGCCACCCAAUGCGACGAAAGCUCCGCCGCCAGGACCGCCACCCAAGAUGACGAAAGCUCCGCCGCCCCAACCGCCACCCAAGGUGACGAAAGCUCCGCCGCCAGGACCGCCACCCAAGCUGACGAAAGCUCCGCCGCCAGUAUCUCCACCCAAGAUGACCAAGCCUCUGCCACCACCACUGCCACCAAAGACGACGAAGCCUGUGCCGCCGCGACCGUCACCCAAGACGACGAAGCCUCUGCCACCACCUCCGCCACCCAAGACGACCAAGCAUCCGCCGCCACCACCGCCACCCAAGAUUACGAAGCCUGUGCCGCCAACUCCGCCACCCAAGACGACCAGGCCUCCGCCAGCGACAACGCCACCCAAGACGAUGACGCCUCUGAAGACGACAAGGCCACAGCCGAGGACGACAACGCCAUCGCCGGCGUCACCAACGCCGACGACGACGCCUGGCGCAAUGACCACGUCGGAGCGUCCGGGCAUACCUCGCUACACUACCGUGUGUACGGUGAGCUACCUGCACACCGGCCUGCCCUUGCCCCUGAGCGGCGAGUGCGACAUCAUCUACUACGACUCGCUGCUCCUGCGCCCGGAGGACACGUUCAUGGGCACGUUCACCAACGCCUACCUGAAGCCCAUCUUCGACGCCGCCAAGGAGAGCAACGUCAGCCACAAUACCGAAUUCGGGAUGUCCGUGCACGCACCGGCGAUCAACGACUUCUCCACCGAGGUCAAAUCGGACGCCGGUAUGCAGCACUACAGGGAACACUGGCAGCACAAGGUAUACAACUGGGGCGUCCUCAACAUCCACGAGAUCAUUCUGAAGAACACCCCUGACAUCCUCAAGACCUCGCUCAUCGUCCUCAAGGAGCUGAAGGACAUUGCUACGGCGGCGGGCAAGAACGCCUCCAUGGUUGUGGGCCUUUUCUGCAAGGCCACCGGAGGAUGCGAUAAGGUGUCCGAGUACCUCAAGACGAUAUACCUCCCGGAUGCUAUUGUGGUCUUGGGGCACAUUUCUUUCCGCGACAACAACAUCACGGACUGCACAAUCUUGCCCCUUAGCUGCUUUAAGGACCCGUUUGUGCGAUACAAGAACCUGUCCUACAUGCACUCCAUGACCGACGCCGUGAACACGGUUAAGCACCUACAAGUGACGAAGGGCCUCGACACCAUGUACGCCCUGUCGACGACGAUGGCGGGGCGUUGGUACAAGCCAAGGAAGCCGGAUAACAAGGUUAAAUUUCCGGGAAAGUACCGCGUCGGGUUCAAGUGCAAAGUGGGGGACUACCCCCAGAAAGCGCACGUACAAGACGUCUGCGGCAACAAAAGCUUCGAAUAUACCGAGCACUUUCAGUACACGGCAUUUCACGUCACCGGAUUUACCUUUGACAAGAAGGAGGGCUUUACAAUAACCUUCGAGACGGAAGAAUCACUGGAAAAAAAGUUCUGUCUCACCUUGGACAACAACACGCAGCUGCUCAUCGGAAUCGCCGUCUACGACGUCAAUUACGAUGCCGCACCCAAGGACUGCGAGCAGUUCAAGGGAGCCGCCUGGUCUCGGCUCAUGUGGGUCGAGAGGAUGCGCAAACUGCUCAGAGUUGCCGCCACGUACGACUCGGGGCAGUUUGUCGCUCGCUGCCUGUACGAUAUAAAAUCCAAGACGAAGAUAGCUGCCUACCGGGCGCUUCCCACCCGUGCCAUGUCGCCAGGGCUCCGUCGAACUUUUUCCAAACCGAUUAUUUCGUGACAUAAUAACUGCGUUC